AGAUGAGCUUGGCUUCUCCAAAAACCACAGCUUCCCUCCCAGCAGCUGCGGGUGCUGAUACAGGGCCUGUCCAGCUUCUGCUGCCAGAAGGGAGGCAAAGCAGCAGGAGAGCAGAUACUGAGGGGUCAUGGCCGUGCGGUUUCCCGCUCUGCUCCCGCUGAUCCUCGCAGCCCUGCAGCCCGCAGCCGUCCCCACAGAGCCGCCGCCGCCCUGCCCGUGGGAGAUGAACAAGGUGAAGGACAUCGUGGAGGUGAACUGCACCGGGCAGGAUCUCGGCGCGGUGCCCGUCAGCCUGCCUGAGGACACGGGCAUCCUGCUGCUCAACGCCAACCGCCUGCUGUCCGUCUCCACGGCCGCCUUCCAGACACUGCCCGAGGACACGGGCAUCCUGCUGCUCAACGCCAACCGCCUGCUGUUCAUCUCCACGGCCACCUUCCAGACACUGCCCGCCCUGCAGGUCCUCGACCUGUCUGACAACGGCCUGCAGGCUGUGCUCACUGAGGCCGCGCUGCCCAGCCUGAAGGAGCUGCUGCUGUCCCGCAACGCGCUGGAGGCUCUGCCCGCCCUGCAGGGCCUGCCCGCGCUCACCCGCCUGGCCCUGGCUCACAACAAGCUGCAGGCUCUGGCUCCCGCGGCCUUCCGUGCCGUUCUGCAGCUGCAGGACCUGGACCUGCGGGGCAACGCGCUGCGGACACUCCCCGAGGACGUCUUCAUGGGGCUGCGAGCGCUGAAGGACUUGGAUCUGUCGGACAACGCCUUGGAGGAGCUGCCCAGAGGGCUGCUGCAGGACCUGGUGACGCUGGAGACGCUGUGGCUGUCGGGGAACCGGCUCCGCGCCCUGCCCUCCGGCUUCUUCCCCGAGGGGCACCUCUUCGCCUACGUCUUCCUCACCGAGAACCCCUGGCACUGCGACUGCGACCUGGUCUACCUGCGCUCGUGGAUCCUGAGGAACGAGGGGAGCGUCUAUGAGCCCGAGCGCGGCCUGGGGAAGACGAAGGUGGAGGUGGCCCCGGAGAAGGUGCUGUGCCAGAGCCCCUCCGAGCACCUGCAGAAGCCCAUCAUCCGCUUCAAGCCCAACUGCGGCCACGUGGGGGAUGCAGAAGAAGAGGAAGAGUAUGAGUUCCAUUAUGAGGAAUCGACCCUUAUAUACCCUCUCCUUGCCUCCUUGUCCCCGGUGUAUCCACCCAGCUCCGAAGAGCCCACCACCGCCCCACAUACUCCUUGAGUCCUUGUGAGUUUUUGGGGGUCCUUGUGACCCCCAGAACUCUCUUGUGAGCUCCCUGCACCCAGUGCAUUUAUCCAGCUGGGGGCUGAACCAUUUUUGCCUCCCACACUGGGUGCUAUACUUGGCCCGCUUGGCUCUGCUGCUCCUGUCUUGCUUAUUUCCUUAGCACUACUCUCACACUCAUUGUGCUUGCUAGAUCUGAAAUGAUUUCUGGGCUGUUUGGCAGGGGUAGGAGUUGUCAUAAACCAGAGUUCGGGGCUGAAAUGCCAGGUUUUGGGGUCAUUUUGGAAAAGCAGAGAUGGCUUUUUCACUACGUGCUAACUCCUUCUGCUCAAAUAACAGAGAGAUGCAUCAUGCUUUCAACUCAGAGUCGGGUUAUCACAGAAUAAAUCACAGAAUAAAUAUUUUCUUUGUCUGGAGUCCA